AUGCAUCAGUCCUACACUACUGCUGCACCUGGGCAGCUCCACGCAACUCUUCCCGGUCCGGACGGCACACACGCAUGUCUGACACUCUACGAUGUGUGUCCACACACCACUCACUCCAUACGCCCUUCCUCGCAAUACAAGGAUCCGUACCUGCACUGCGACCUACCCUCUCUCCCUCCCGUCUCAAACCCACGAACCAUCGAGUACAUCGACAACAAAGGCAGAUCGAUAAUCGAAACAACACGGACCUCCCUAUCACCCAUCCACCACCCCCAAGAAAAAGCCAUGGCAGCAAGCUUAGCACCUCUGGUCCUCUCAAGACACUCACCCGUCAUGCGACACAUCCGCGAGUCUACAGCGGCGCCACCUCUACGUUCGAUCCUCAAAGCCCCCUCCAGCAUCCUCCCUUCGAUGCCAAAGAUCUACCUCCUGACCUUCUCCACCGACCGCACGCCAACAACCCGCGCUUUCGCGGCCCUGCUGAACGAGCAUCUACCACGCCAUAUCCCGCUCUUGUACACCAUCGACGCAAGAAACUGUCUCGUCCCGCCAAAGCUGAUACAAGAAGCGUACUCAGGCGUUUCCACAGUUGUGCAAGACGAAAUUCUGCGGGACUCGAGGGCGCGGAAAGAGAUAGAUCACGCGGUGGAUGAAUUGAUGAGGGUUGUGAAGCAUGGAGGAGGCGAGACUAGUAUAGCGAUAUGCUGUACGGCAGGGACGCAUCGUAGUGUUGCUAUUGCUGAGUUGAUUGCGCUGGGGGUUAGGAGGGAAGUUAGGAGGUGUGGGAGUAGGGAGGGGGUGAAGAUUGUGGUGAGGCAUAUCCAUCGGGUUAAAGGACCUAAGGAUCCGUAUUGA